AGGUCAUCCUAUCCAACCCCCUCAUUUUUCUGAUGAAGGUAUGUGGACCUAGAUAUAGCCUGUGACUUGCUUGAGGCCACAGGGCUUGUUGACAGUGGAGAUGGAACUCGAACUAUGAUCUCCUUAGUCCCGGGGCAAUGCAGUCCUGGCUACAGCACAGAUGCUCUGCCUCCUAUGAUCAGUCUAACCGAACCAGAUCUUACAGCAUAAAUAUAGCUGGUAUUACUUGUUCUGGCUUACCCUCUGUGGCCAUUCAUCUAUUUGGUGGCUGACUGUGAAACAGCAAAGGUGUCGGCCUUAUAAGUUGCUACAAGAGAAAUGAAAUGAGUCCAUCCCCAAACCCAACCCCCAACUCUAAAAUCUUCCUGCUGAGGUUCAUCAAUAAUGAAUGGCCCAUCCCUGCAAUACUCAGAGGGAGCUUACAUUGCACUUUGGAGCAGCCGGUUAGUAAUAUACAGUGGAUAGAGCCGUUCUUUCAAAUCCCAGGGCAGUGGGUCCUUCAAGGCUAGCAUAGCAUUUUCAAUUAGCUGCUGAGUGAAUGCUUGGCAUGUGUAUUCGUGAAGAGGCACACAAUUAGCUUACUGUUCCUUUCUGUAUUGUGCUGAGAGGAUCCAAGGGAUUGGUGGGGAGACAGGCAAGCCAGGCAUCACUGUGGAUGUUGAGGAAGGGAGUCACUCAGACUUCGGCAUCUUCAUUCACUUGCUCGCUCUGGAAUUAGAGCUAUUUAUUACGAAGCAAUUUGUGGGCUUGGUGGAGUGUGCCUGAGGAAAAACAUCCCGGACAGCACUUGGGUUAAAUCUUUCCAAGCUCCUCACAUCUCUGACUAAUUCUCAUCAUUAUCAUGGAGCCCAACAGUCCCAAAAAGAUACAAUUUGCGGUGCCUUUAUUCCAGAGUCAGAUUGCACCUGAAGCAGCAGAGCAGAUCAGGAAAAGAAGACCUACACCAGCAUCACUUGUGAUUCUCAAUGAACAUAACCCCCCAGAAAUAGAUGACAAGACGGUGACCAACACACAAGCAGAAUCACAGAAUGCAUCUCCUAAGCAAAGGAAGCAAAGCGUGUACACACCACCCCCCAUGAAAGGUACUGUUCAGGGGUUAAGCAUCCGAAAGGCCAAAGUGAAUCAGCAUUCCCUGAAGAAGAAGAAGGUGUAAAUGAAAGAGAGGAGCAGUGGGAUCAUUAAUUACCAGUCUGCAGCAAGAAGGCUUCUCGGGAAUAACUGAACAUUAACUUUUCUGAAUAUCUCAUGAAAUUACACUGCUUGACUUCCAGAAGCAUUCUUCAUCUGUUCACUCCACACUCAUUACAGUAGUAAUACACAUCCUGGGAGCCCUCUUGGACUGAGCUUUCCAACUAAGUACAAAUUGUUCCACAUCACUCACAUUUAAAGAAUAAGCAUUUAUUUUACAGUGAUUUUUUCCUUUUUAAAUACAUAGAAAUUUGCAAACGUGACUGUUCUAACUUUAAUACUGCCAGAGCUUAAUCCCUGCUGUCCUACUGAUAUGGUUUGCAUUCUAAAGUCAAAUGUAGAUAGCAUCACUUUAAGAAUUUAAAAAUAAAUAUUAAAUACAUUUAGACAUGAAUGUGUGUAUGUGGGUUUAACUGAAAGAGGAAUGUCUAAUGCAAAUUUUUAGUUAAGAUUUGGUUUAUCGUGUUUCUGUGCACAAAACAGAACAGGGUAUUUAUUUCAAAAUGAAGAAGAAAUACUGGUCAUUAAAAACACCACCAUAUUAGAUAUUAAACUUCUUUUCCCCUCCCACAGCAUAUUGAUGGUUACUUGAAGAAACGCAGAAUUGUUUUUAUUUUCUAAGCUGUGACAUACAUAUCUCCCAGAAUUUCCUCCAAUCAUGAAGAAAGAAAAAUGCUACAUCUA